AUGAGACAUAGCACUACUGUCCCCAGCAAGAUGAAGCUCAUCUACUUCAGUAAUGAGUUCCCCCAGGACGACCUGCAAACCAGUUUCCGAGAACUCCAUAACCACAGCAAGGAUAGAAGACACCCAGCUCUUGCCCAAUUUCUAGAGGAGGCCACCAUCGCUAUUCGGGAAGAAUUGCGGCAAUUGCCCACGGCUCUAAGAAAGCUGGUCCCUCCCUUUGACACAAUUUUGAACUUUGCGGGUUUUGCCGACCUACGAAGUGGCCCCCUUUCUGGAGCUAUAGAUGGUAUCCUCCUCUGUGUCAUCGAGGUGGGAACUCUCAUUGGAUACUAUGAGACCUACCCAGAUGCUUUCGACAAUUCCAGUGCCAACACAGCUUUGGCCGGCCUGGGGAUCGGACUUCUGGCUACCGCUGCCGUCUCCUUGGCCUCUUCGAUAGCAGAAAUUUCGAUUACGGGUGCUCAGGUUGUUCGACAGGCCUUCCGUCUCGGCGUCCUUGUCAACGAGGUUUCCCAGAACCUGGAGACUCGCGACUUGACGGAUACUAACUCACCGGAUACUUGGGCCUAUGUUCUGGCCAACGUGUCUGCCGAGGAAGUUCAAAAGGAGCUUGACUUGCUCCAAGCUAAGGAGAGGGUUCAUGAGACGGCCAAGGUCUUUAUCAGCGCUUUGAGUGCCACAUCGGUAACUAUCAGUGGUCCACCGGCAAGACUGAAGGCCAUGUUCCGUACGGCUCAAUUCUUCCACAAUCACAAGUGCAUUCCCCUGCCGGUAUACGGAGGCUUGUGCCAUGCAAAGCACAUAUACACCCCUGAGAACGCGAAAGAGAUUGUACACACAGGCUCGAUGAAGAUGGUGAGCUCUCGCUUCUUGCCACGGUUACCCAUCUACUCCACCAGCACUGGCCAACCGUUUCCCGCCGACAAUGCGAUCCAAAUAUUCGAGGGAAUUAUCACAGAGAUUCUCACCCAGACCAUCCAAUGGGACAAGGUCACCCAGGGAGUGACUCAGCUGGCCAAGAAUCUUAGAGUGACUGAGUGCACAGUCGUCGUAUUUCGGAUUUCACUUCCUAUCCAUGAUCUUUCUGAAACAUUGAAAAGAUCCCCUGGCUUAGAAAUUUCAACCGAGGAGAUCAUGCCAUGGGUGCACAACAACAUGCGUCACGACAACGGUGGACCAUCACGGCCCCAGCAAUCGAAGAUCGCCAUCGUUGGCAUGUCCUGCAGGAUGCCGGGUGGUGCAGCAGACACGGAGAAAUUCUGGGGUCUGCUCGAAAAGGGCUUGGAUGUCCACAGGAAAAUUCCAUCCGAUCGUUUCGAUGUUGAUUCCCACUACGACCCUGCCGGAAAGAGAAUUAACGCCAGCCAUACCCCUUACGGCUGUUUCAUCGACGAGCCAGGUCUCUUUGACGCGGCUUUCUUCAACAUGUCGCCACGAGAAGCAGAGCAAACCGACCCUAUGCAGCGACUUGCUCUUGUCACUGCAUACGAGGCACUUGAACGAGCUGGUUAUAUUGCAAACCGGACCGCCGCCACAGAUUUACGCCGCAUUGGAACAUUUUACGGCCAGGCGAGUGACGAUUACAGAGAAGUCAACACAGGGCAGCAUAUCAGCACUUAUUUUAUUCCUGGUGGAUGCCGUGCAUUCGGUCCGGGUCGAAUCAAUUAUUUCUUCAAGUUCUCCGGGCCGAGUUACAGCAUUGACACCGCAUGCUCUUCCAGCUUAGCAACUAUCCAGUCAGCCUGCACCGCGUUGUGGAACGGCGAGCUAGACACCGCGGUGGCUGGUGGAACAAAUGUCUUGACUAACUCAGACGCCUUUGCCGGUCUCAGUCAUGGCCACUUCCUAUCCAAAACGCCAAAUGCAUGCAAGACAUGGGACAGCGAGGCGGACGGUUAUGUCCGAGCGGAUGCCGUCGGCUCCGUGGUCAUGAAGCGUCUUGAGGAUGCCGUGGCCGAUAACGACAAAAUUCUCGGGGUUAUUAUAGGCGCGGCCACCAAUCAUUCCGCCGAAGCGAUCUCUAUCACCCACCCUCACGCGGGUCACCAAGCGUACCUAGGCAAGCUUGUUGCCAGCCAAGCUGGCGUGGACCCCCUUGAUGUCGGCUUCGUCGAGAUGCAUGGUACCGGUACCCAGGCGGGGGACGCCGAAGAGAUCCAGUCUGUGACUACGGUCUACGCACCUAAUACCAAGCGCCGCAACUCCAAAAAUCCACUCUACAUUGGCGCAGUCAAGGCAAAUGUCGGGCAUAGUGAAGCGGGUGCUGGAAUUACGGCUCUAUUGAAAGUCCUCCUGAUGCUGCAGAAGAGUGCUAUUCCACCACAUGUUGGUAUCAAGAAUAAGCUAAACCCCAUUUUCCCCAAGGAUUUGGACCAGCGACAAGUUCGCAUCCCAUAUAAAAGGACUGAGUGGCCUAGACUGCCAGGGAAGAAGCGAAUGGCUGCCAUCAAUAACUUCAGUGCGGCUGGAGGUAACACCAGCCUUCUCCUGGAAGAUGCCCCCGAGAAGCAGGAGGCCGCAGAGCCAGACCCUCGAUCUACUCACGCAAUUGCCGUGUCAGCCAAAAGCAAGGUGUCUCUCCGUGGGAAUAUCGAAAGGAUGCUUGCAUAUCUGGAGGGAAGCCCUGAGCUCUCCCUGGCGCAUCUCUCCUACACCACCACCGCCCGCCGAUACCACCACAAUCACCGUGUGGCCUUUGCCGCGUCCAGUAUAUCUCAGGUUCAGAAGCAUUUAAAUGCCGCCCUUGGAUCGGUAGAAUCUCAUAAGCCCAUUCCAGGCACUGGAGUGCCUCCGGUAGCGUUUGCUUUCACCGGACAGGGGGCGAUGUAUAAGUCCUCCAAUUUCGAGUUGUUCCAUCACUCGCCGUACUUCCGGUCCCAAAUCCUACACUUGGACACCAUUGCCCAAGGCCAGGGAUUCCCCUCCUUUGUUCCUGUGCUUGACGGAAGUCAUGAAAAAGACUACCAGCACUCGCAAGUCCAAACACAACUAGCGUUGGUCUGCACAGAAAUUGCUCUGGCUAAGUACUGGGACACUUUAGGUGUGCGGCCUGACGUUGUUAUUGGACACAGCUUAGGGGAAUACGCGGCUUUACAUAUUGCGGGAGUUCUUUCAGCUAGCGAUGUCAUCUUCCUCGUUGGGCAGCGAGCCGCACUACUUCAACAGCAAUGUCAAGCGGGUGAUCACAAGAUGGUGGCUGUACGAGCGUCUGUUACCCAAAUCAAAGAGACCGCCAAGGAGAAAGCGUAUGAGAUUGCUUGCAUUAACGGCCCGAAGGAAACGGUCCUCAGCGGCCCAAUCCAAGAUAUGGAUGCCAUCAUCCCUAUCCUAGAGGCCGAGGGGUAUAAAUGCUUCAGUUUGGACGUCGCAUUUGCAUUCCAUUCUGCCCAGACCGAUCCGGUUCUAGACGAGUUCGAAGCACUCGCUAGUGGCGUUGUCUUCCAGACACCUCAUAUCCCCGUCAUCUCUCCUUUGCUCUGCAAGGUGGUCUUUGAUAAUAAGAGCAUCAAUGCUAACUACCUGCGCCGUGCCACUCGCGAGACUGUUAACUUCCCAACAGCUCUGGAAGUGGCACAAAAGAUUGGCAUCGUGAAUUAUGAGACUGUCUGGAUUGAAAUUGGACCCCAUCCCGUUAGCGUCGCCUUUAUCAAGUCCACUCUCUCGCCCAUUAAUGUGGCCGUCCCAUCGCUCCGCCGUGGCGAGGAUAACUGGACCACUCUAGCCCAGAGCCUGCCAUCUCUACAUCUAGCCGGGGUGGCUGUCGAUUGGAAUGCGUUCCAUAAACCAUUUGAAAAAGGCCUGCGACUCUUGGACCUCCCAACAUACUCGUGGAAUGAGAAGCGCUACUGGAUCCAAUACGAGGGCGACUGGUCCCUCACCAAAGGCAAUACUUCCUACGACAAAGAAAAGGGUCUGGGUCCUGUCCCACCCGCCAAGUCCGGUCUCAGCACGUCGACCGUUCACCGCAUUAUCGAUCAAAGCUUCGACGCGACAUCUGGUACAGUUGUCAUGCAGUCUGACCUGAUGCAGUCCGACUUCCGCGCUGCUGCUUGGGGCCAUGAGAUGAACGGUUGUGGAGUAGUUACAUCGUCUAUCCACGCCGAUAUUUCAUUCACCCUGGGUGAAUACAUUUACAAGAAACUCAGGCCGAAGGCCAAGGAGGUUCACAUGAAUAUUACCAACCUAGAUGUUCGCAAGGGACUCGUUGCUAACAAAAACCCUGAAUCCCAGCAGCUCAUCCAAGUCGCGGCUACUAGUCACAUUGACACCAACAGAGCAGAGCUGACGUGGUUUAACGUACAGGCCGGUGGUACCUUGGAUGAGCCUUUUGCUACCGCAACCCUUCUCUACGGGGAUUCAGAGGAAUGGCUUGCUUCUUGGGUUCCUAUCACCCAUCUGAUUCAAGGCCGCAUCGAAGACCUUGAAAGACUUGCGAUCUCCGGCACCGCAAACCGCUUCAAUCACGCGAUGGCCUAUCUUCUCUUCGCAAAGAGCCUGGUGAACUACGCCAAUAAAUACCGGGGAAUGCAGUCGGUGGUCCUACAUGAAUACGAGGCGUUCGCCGACAUCGAGCUCUCUAGCGAGAGAGGCGGCAGCUGGACAGUACCUCCAUAUUUCAUUGAUAGCGUCGCUCAUCUUGCUGGGUUUGUCAUGAACGUAACGGAUGCCGGGGAUACAACGAACAACUUUUGUGUCACGCCAGGCUGGCGCUCGAUGCGAUUCGCUAAACCUCUCGUGGCGGGAGGCAAGUACCGGUCGUACGUCAAGAUGAUUCCAACCGCCGAUGACCCGAGUGUGUAUCUUGGCGACGUCUACAUUCUCCAAGACGGAAUCAUCGUCGGCGUGGUCGGUGGCAUGGAAUUCCGCCGGUAUCCGCGGAUCCUGCUCAGUCGCUUCUUCUCUGCGCCCGACGACGCCAAUGCGCCCCCUGUGGCAAUGGCGUCUUCCUCUUCCAAGCCCUCCGUAAUGACAGUAGAGCCACCCGUCGUUAACGGCGCGAAAGCUACACCCGCCGUCAAAGAAAUCGAUAGCACCAAUGGUGCAGAGUCGGUUGACAUGAACUCAGAUACCACGACUGCCAAGGCGCUCCUCAUCAUCGCCUCGGAGUCCGGACAGGAUCUGGCGGAUCUCACCGAUGACGCCAGCUUUGCGGACCUAGGUGUCGAUUCCCUGAUGAGUUUGGUGAUUGCAGAAAAGUUGCGGACGGACCUUGGGGUAGUAGUGGGAGGAAGUCUAUUCCUGGAGUACCCCACGAUUAGAGACUUGCGGAGUUGGUUAGAGGAGUAUUACAGCUAG